UUGUUUUCAUCCGUUAGUGCUAGAAUGCUUUGUUUGUAAUAAUAAUGUGUUUUCCAUAUUAAGCAAGUAACCGCUAAUUUCUUUAUUAUUUAAAUGCAAUCGUUCCAAAAAUGAUCGAUAAAAUAAUUUAUAUAAUUGUGUUAAUGCUAAUGACCUAUGUGGUAAAACAACUAAUUUCGGAAACGCCUAACUUCGUAAAGUUUAAAUCCAAAUUUCUCAUAUUUUACAUUUGGACAUCUCUUACAGCAAUAGUAUUACUGCCGUUUUUUGUGUUCAAUCCCAAAAAUGUGAAGAAUUCUCUCUUUGCAUCUCAAAUUGUAAAACAUGUUACUAAAAUAAUAGAAGUAAAAUGGCAUUUAAGAAAUGGUAAAGUCCUUGCAGACGACAGAGGUGCAGUGGUAGUUUCAAAUCACCAAUCAUCUAUUGACAUAUUGGGAAUGUUCAAUAUUUGGCAUGUUGCCGAUAAAGUGGCAGCAGUUGCAAGGAAAGAGAUAUUUUAUGUUUGGCCAUUCGGCUUAGCAGCAUAUUUGGCUGGUGUUGUAUUCAUAGACCGAAAUAAUUCUAAAGAUGCCUACAAACAGUUGGAAAUCACUUCUGAAGUCAUGGUGAAGAAUAAAACAAAGAUCUGGUUGUUUCCUGAAGGCACAAGGAAUAAGGAUUUUACCAAAUUAUUACCAUUCAAAAAGGGAGCAUUCAACAUUGCAGUAGCUGCACAAGUUCCAAUUAUACCUGUUAUAUAUUCACCGUACUAUUUUAUCAACAGAAGAAAAUGUAUUUUUGAUAAAGGUCACGUCAUAAUUCAGUGCCUAGAGCCGGUAACCACCGAAGGUCUGACGAUGCGGGACGUGCCCGAGCUGAUCGAACGAGUGCGCAACAUGAUGGACGCCGCAUACAAAGAACUUUCGAAAGAGGUACUGAGCGCACUCCCACCUAACUACCCGCUCGCCACGACGGAUUGAUCUCAGAACAUCACCGCAAUAUUCGGUACUACUAAGUCAUAUUAAUUCACGUAUGUCAACAUACAAGUAUUAUUUCGUGUUUCAUAUCGAUAUUUUAAUCGAUAUGAAAGCAACGUGAUUAUUGUUUUAUUUUGUGACAUUAUACUCGAAUAGUUUAUUAUCUCGAAGUCAGAAGCAUACGGUUUUUUUUUUUAAAACGAUAGUAUCGAAUUAAAAACUAAUAUGAAAAGUUGCAAUCACCGAUAUUGAACCUUAUGCCUCUGAUGUCAAGAUACAUUAUUAUUUUUUAAGGAAAUCGAUCCCGAAAACAGACAAAUGGACUAUCACCAGUGAGUGGCCACUGAUAAUCAACCAUCAAAAGUGGAACAGGCUCGUAGACGAGCAUGUAAACUGCUCAUUCGGGUGUAUUUUUUUCUCCUCACAAAAACUAGUACGUUAUUGGCGCGAUGUCAAUAUUUUUUCACGAAUCAAAUUAUUAGGCUUGCGCGGUAUUUACGUGCUAAAAAUCCCAAUGAGGCAUAAUAUUAGACGAGAGAACGGAAGUCAUCUUGGCCUGUUAAGCGAAACGCCAAGUGCUCUCCUGUCAAAUGAUGUGGUUCAAAUCCUGCAGGCAGGUACCAAUUAAUGAACGUCGUAUUCUACUUCUACUACGAAGCAGUAGUGCUAUCCAGUUUGAAGGGGGGGACAGUCGUUAA